UCCAAAGGCUGAUGGACGGGAGAGAUCAGGAUUAUUAUUGGAUGUAUAGUACAGUGGAUUACAGUAAUCCAGAGCACACUGAGUGCUGCCGCUCUCUGUCACUUCAGAUCUGCUCAACACGAUGGACCGUAAGAUUGUGAACGUGUUACUGCUGCUUCUAGCUCAAGUUUUCAUUAAGGUCAACACUCAGGGGGAGUCAGAGAUGCCGUAGCCUUAUGAUGAUGAGGAAGACAUGAAUCCAAAGGACAACCAAUCACAGACAGGCUGCAGCUGUGACUGUCAGCAAUCUCGACCCACCGGCAUUCCACCCACCACCUCCAUCAGCACCACCCCACCAACACUCAGCCCUUACCUGGACUGCAUGCCGGAGUGUCCUUAUCACAAACCGCUGGGGUUCGAGUCGGGAUCUGUGCGUGCGGAACAGAUCACAUGCUCCAAUCUGGAUCAAUACGUGGGCUGGUUCUCCUCCUGGACUCCGAAUAAGGCCAGACUGAACAGCCAGGGAUUUGGGUGCGCAUGGCUGUCCAAAUUUCAGGACACGAGUCAGUGGCUUCAGGUGGAUCUUCAGGAGGCGCGUGUGGUGUCGGGCAUCCUCUCUCAGGGACGCUGUGACGCUGACGAAUGGACCACCAAAUACAGUCUGCAGUACAGGACCCACGACAACCUCAACUGGAUCUAUUACAAAGACCAGAACGGAAAUAACCGGGUGUUUUAUGGAAACACGGAUCGCUCCUCCACGGUGCAGAAUCUCCUGCGGCCGCCCAUCGUGGCGCGGUACCUCCGGCUCCUGCCUCUGGGCUGGCACACACGCAUCGCCAUACGCCUGGAACUGCUCUUGUGCAUGAACAAAUGCAUCUGACUGGAUGAAUCAUGCAUCUCUAUUACAUAAAUCCAACGGAAAACUGAUCUCGGAUCAGUGAAAAAGGAAUACCCAUAGCUUAUGUGUAAAUAACCAGUUUUUGAGCUCAAAUAAGAAAAGCACAGUCUGUAUAGAAGAGACAAAAGGCUGCGUUUAUUAAAUGUAAUGUUAUUGGUUGCUUCAAAGAUGUCACUGAAUCAAGAAAAAUAGUUUUUUUCCUGAAAUAAAACUGAAUUAAUUUCAUGUGUUGUAUUCAGCGUGACUGCGUAUCACAGAUGACAGAAAUAUGAUCAGCAGAUCCUGUAAAACUGUGAUGUCAGCACAUCUGUAUUCACCAGAGAAGGAAAUGUAACUCUAAUAUUAUCUAAUAAAUCCCUCUUUUGACUGGA